AUGCCUUUGCGCGCUAAGGUGACAAACCCAGCUUUCAGGACGGCGGCUCCUAUGUCGACCUCCGCAACCCUUCCCACAGAGCUCCCCGGCGACGAGCCCGACGAUGUCCUCUUCAAUUCCCUCUACGGCGUGCGCUUGAUUGAGCUCAACCGGCCUCAAAAGCUCAAUUCCUUGAAUGGUUCGAUGGCGCGGAAGAUCCUUCCUCGACUGAAGGAAUGGGAAAAAUCUCAACUCGCCAAUGUGAUCAUGGUCAGUGGCGCCGGACCCAAGGCCCUUUGCGCUGGUGGAGACGUCGCCGCUCUGGCUCUGCAGAAUGAACAGGGCCCCGAGGGUCAGCAGAAGUCGACCGAUUUCUUCGGCCUUGAAUACGGCCUCGACCAUACCAUCGCGACAUACACGAAGCCCUUCAUCUCCGUCAUGGACGGUAUCACGAUGGGCGGCGGCGUUGGACUCAGUGUCCAUGCCCCCUUCCGCAUUGCCACGGAACGCACCCUCUUCGCCAUGCCUGAGACCACCAUCGGCUUCUUCCCCGACGUCGGUGGCUCGUUCUUCCUGCCCCGUCUUGACGGCGAGACUGGAACCUACCUCGCCUUGACUUCGGAGCGCCUGAAGGGUGCUCAGGCCCUGUACGCCGGCGUGGCCACGCACUACUUCCACUCCAGCGUGCUGAGCAACCUCACGGGCCGUCUGUCGGAGCUGGUGUUCAACGACACUGCCACGCUCCCGGAGCGUCUGGACCUGGUCAACAAGACCAUGGCGGAAUACUCUACCGGCCUGCCGUCGCAGCGGGAGGAGCCCAUGCUGCUGGCCGGCAGCCUGCGGGAGGCCAUUGACCGCUGCUUCGCGUUCAACACGGUGGAGCAGAUCUUCGAGGCCCUGGAGAAGGAGACCCAGCUGGAGAACGGUCAAAAGGAGUGGGCGCAGAAGACGCUGGAGACGCUGUCGGUGCGUUCGCCCACCUCGCUGAAGGUGACGCUGCGCCAGAUGCGUCUGGGCAAGAGGUGGUCCAUCGCCGAGACGUUCCAGCGGGAGCACGCCAUCGCCGGCAAUUUCAUGAGACACCCGGAUUUCGUGGAGGGCGUGAAGGCGCGUCUCAUGUCCAAGCCUCCCCGCCAGGCUGCCUGGCAACCCGCCACCCUCGCCGAGGUCACGCAGGCGGAUGUCGACAGCUUCUUCCAGAUCCCCGAGGGCGAGAGCCGACUGCCGCUCUUCAGCGAUGAAGACUUCGACCACUACCCGCACGCGCAGUACGGCCUGCCCACGCAGAAAGACAUUGAGGAAUUUGUGUUCAAUGCCAGCGGUGACCGUCGCGAGAUCGUCAACAAGUUCCUGACCCAAUGGGGCAACAAGGAGGGUGUGCGCCAGAAGGUGUCGGAGGUGCUGGCCAGAUGCACCAUCACCCUUGGAGAUGGCACUGUGGAAUGGAAGAAGAAAUAG